AUGGAUGUGACGAGUGAUGAAGAUGUGAAAGCAGUUUACGAACAAAUUCAGAAGGAUUUGACUCAAAAUGGGGAGCAAUUGUGGGCAGUGGUCAACAACGCCGGUAUCAUAACACUGGGACCACUCGACUGGGGAACAGUAGACACAUAUAAACGUAUUUUCGAAGUCAACACAUUUGGUAUGGUUAGGGUCUCCAGAACUUUCCUACCAUUGAUUAGACAAUCAAAAGGCCGUAUUGUGAAUCUGGUGUCAAUGGCCGGGCGGUUUACAGUCGAGAAUCUGAGCAUAUAUUCAAUGAGCAAACACGCGGCCAUCUCUUUCUCAGAUGGACUCCGACGUGAGACCCGGAAGUGGGGAAUCAAAGUGUCGACUAUAGAGCCCAUGGUUUACAAGACACCAAUGGCUGGACCCGAUUACUUCACUCGGGAAGUAGAGAAACAGUGGAACGAGAGCUCAGAAGAUGUGAGACAACUGUACGGACAGGCAUACUAUGAAAACUAUAAGACUAGAAAAGACACACUGAAAGUGACUACGGCUGGAGAUAAUAUCUAUGAAGUGAUCGACAAAAUGGUUGAUGCCAUCAGAAAUCCUGAUCCGAAGAUAAGAUACGUGGCGAUCCCCGGAAAAAAAUUUCAUAAAAUCGCUAUAUUUUUAGCACAACUCUUGCCAUUAGAAGUUUCUGACCAAAUGUUUGCCCACAGGACUACCGGAGCGCCCAAACCCGCAGUAAGUGGUCGGCGCCAUGGAGGAGAUAUUAUAAUACUCGGCGGCAGUAGUGGUCAUACGGAGGAAGAGAUACAUUACGUGCCAAUACCUGUGCCAAUGAAGGGUUACCCAAUGAUGAACGGUUUCGGAAGAACUUUUGGUGGUUUUGGGGGUACAAUGGCUGGAGGUUUCGGUGGAGGUUUCGGUGGAGGAUUCGGUGGAGGAUUCGGUGGAGGUUUUGGUGGCGGUUUCAGUGGUUCAUCAGAUGAUGACGACGAGUGA